GAAAUUAUUAAAUUUCAAUUUAUUUUAAAGUUGACCGUAUUAGAGACUACACUAAAUGUCCAAAUGGAAUUAUAUGGUAUUUGUGAUUUUCCUCUCUGUGCCGGGGAAUAUGGAAAGCAGUUUCGAUCGGCUACGUUUCGGGGAGUCAUACACACCAUUUCAUUUUCCCUAUGUUCCCGAUAGCUAUCCCACACCCCCGGCUCCUGUCCCUCCACCAAAACAACGUCCAACACCACCACCUCCACCUCCACCACCUCCACCUCCACCACGUCCAACUACAACACGUCCACCACCUACAACACCCACACCAACUACAACAACUACACCAAUUAGGUCACCUCCACCGCCUCCACCCACUGCUCCACCACCUCCUGGUCCAGCGCCCCCUGGAGUAUGGUAUCCGCUCCCCGUAUAUGGGAACCCACCACAAUUUGGAGAUCCGCCUGGAACGCACUUGCCAUCCAAUUCACAGACCAAUUCAGGAUUCCUCCCUCUCCCAAUGAUCUGCAAUCCGCCUUAUGAACCACCGAAUGAAGGUGGACAUCCUCCUGAAACACAGACGCCUCCUAAUUCAGGAUUCGUCCCUCCCCUAUCGAUCUGGAAUCCGCCUUAUGAACCACCGAAUCAAGAUGGACAGCCACCUAAAUCACAGACGCCCUCCAAUUCAGGAUUCGUCCCUCUCCCAGCGAUCUGCUAUGCACCGAAUCAAAUUGGACAUCCACCUGGAUCACAGAUGCCUCCUAAUUCAGAAAUAUACCCGCCAUCCACGGGCUGGAUUCCGCCAUCUGGGCCAAUAAAUCAAAGUGGACAUCCACCAGGAUCCCUGUCGCCUCCUAAUUCUGUAUUCCCACCGGGAUCUAUUCCGCCUCUUGGAUCACCGAAUCAAAUUGGAUAUCCACCAGGAUCACAGAAGCCUCCUAAUUCCGGUAUAUACCCCCCAUCAACGGGCUGGGCUUUGCCAUCUGGGCUACCAAAUCAAGGUGGAAAUCCACCAGGAUCAAUGGUGCCUCCAAUUUCUGUAUUGCCACCGGGCUCUAUGCCGCCUCUUGGAUCACCGAAUCAAAUUGGAUAUCCACCAGGAUCACAGGAGCCUCCUAAUUCCGGUAUAUAUCCACCAUCAACGGGCUGGACUUUGCCAUCUGGGCUACCAAAUCAAGGUGGAAAUCCACCAGGAUCAAUGGUGCCUCCAAUUUCUGUAUUGCCACCGGGCUCUAUUCCGCCUCUUCGACCACCAAUUCAAGGUGGACAACCACCAGGAUCACAGAAGCCUCCUAAUUCCGGUAUAUAUCCCCCAUCAACGGGCUGGACUUUGCCAUCCGGGCUACCAAAUCAAGGUGGAAAUCCACCAGGAUCAAUGGUGCCUCCAAUUUCUGUAUUGCCACCGGGCUCUAUUCCGCCUCUUCGACCACCAAUUCAAGGUGGACAACCACCAGGAUCACAGAAGCCUCCUAAUUCCGGUAUAUAUCCCCCAUCAACGGGCUGGACUUUGCCAUCCGGGCUACCAAAUCAAGGUGGAAAUCCACCAGGAUCAAUGGUGCCUCCAAUUUCUGUAUUGCCACCGGGCUCUAUUCCGCCUCUUCGACCACCAAUUCAAGGUGGACAACCACCAGGAUCACAGAAGCCUCCUAAUUCCGGUAUAUAUCCCCCAUCAACGGGCUGGGCUUUGCCAUCUGGGCUACCAAAUCAAGGUGGAAAUCCACCAGGAUCAAUGGUGCCUCCAAUUUCUGUAUUGCCACCGGGCUCUAUUCCGCCUCUUCGACCACCAAUUCAAGGUGGACAACCACCAGGAUCACAGAAGCCUCCUAAUUCCGGUAUAUAUCCCCCAUCAACGGGCUGGACUUUGCCAUCCGGGCUACCAAAUCAAGGUGGAAAUCCACCAGGAUCAGUGGUGCCUCCAAUUUCUGUAUUGCCACCGGGCUCUAUUCCGCCUCUUCGACCACCAAUUCAAGGUGGACAUCCACCAGGAUCACAGAAGCCUCCUAAUUCCGGUAUAUAUCCACCAUCAACGGGCUGGACUUUGCCAUCUGGGCUACCAAAUCAAGGUGGAAAUCCACCAGGAUCAAUGGUGCCUCCAAUUUCUGUAUUGCCACCGGGCUCUAUUCCGCCUCUUCGACCACCAAUUCAAGGUGGACAACCACCAGGAUCACAGAAGCCUCCUAAUUCCGGUAUAUAUCCCCCAUCAACGGGCUGGACUUUGCCAUCCGGGCUACCAAAUCAAGGUGGAAAUCCACCAGGAUCAAUGGUGCCUCCAAUUUCUGUAUUGCCACCGGGCUCUAUUCCGCCUCUUCGACCACCAAUUCAAGGUGGACAUCCACCAGGAUCACAGAAGCCUCCUAAUUCCGGUAUAUAUCCACCAUCAACGGGCUGGACUUUGCCAUCUGGGCUACCAAAUCAAGGUGGAAAUCCACCAGGAUCAAUGGUGCCUCCAAUUUCUGUAUUGCCACCGGGCUCUAUUCCGCCUCUUCGACCACCAAUUCAAGGUGGACAACCACCAGGAUCACAGAAGCCUCCUAAUUCCGGUAUAUACCCCCCAUCCACGGGCUGGGCUUUGCCAUCUGGGCUACCAAAUCAAGGUGGAAAUCCACCAGGAUCAAUGGUGCCUCCAAUUUCUGUAUUGCCACCGGGCUCUAUUCCGCCUCUUCGACCACCAAUUCAAGGUGGACAUCACCCAGGAUCACAGAAGCCUCCUAAUUCCGGUAUAUACCCCCCAUCCACGGGCUCUAUUCCGCCUCUUCGACCACCAAUUCAAGGUGGACAACCACCAGGAUCACAGAAGCCUCCUAAUUCCGGUAUAUACCCCCCAUCCACGGGCUGGGCUUUGCCAUCUGGGCUACCAAAUCAAGGUGGAAAUCCACCAGGAUCAAUGGUGCCUCCAAUUUCUGUAUUGCCACCGGGCUCUAUUCCGCCUCUUCGACCACCAAUUCAAGGUGGACAACCACCAGGAUCACAGAAGCCUCCUAAUUCCGGUAUAUACCCCCCAUCCACGGGCUGGGCUUUGCCAUCUGGGCUACCAAAUCAAGGUGGAAAUCCACCAGGAUCAAUGGUGCCUCCAAUUUCUGUAUUGCCACCGGGCUCUAUUCCGCCUCUUCGACCACCAAUUCAAGGUGGACAACCACCAGGAUCACAGAAGCCUCCUAAUUCCGGUAUAUACCCCCCAUCCACGGGCUGGGCUUUGCCAUCUGGGCUACCAAAUCAAGGUGGAAAUCCACCAGGAUCAAUGGUGCCUCCAAUUUCUGUAUUGCCACCGGGCUCUAUUCCGCCUCUUCGACCACCAAUUCAAGGUGGACAACCACCAGGAUCACAGAAGCCUCCUAAUUCCGGUAUAUACCCCCCAUCCACGGGCUGGGCUUUGCCAUCUGGGCUACCAAAUCAAGGUGGAAAUCCACCAGGAUCAAUGGUGCCUCCAAUUUCUGUAUUGCCACCGGGCUCUAUUCCGCCUCUUCGACCACCAAUUCAAGGUGGACAUCCACCAGAAUCACAGAAGCCUCCUAAUUCCGGUAUAUACCCCCCAUCCACGGGCUGGGCUUUGCCAUCUGGGCUACCAAAUCAAGGUGGAAAUCCACCAGGAUCAAUGGUGCCUCCAAUUUCUGUAUUGCCACCGGGCUCUAUUCCGCCUCUUCGACCACCAAUUCAAGGUGGACAACCACCAGGAUCACAGAAGCCUCCUAAUUCAGGAAUAUACCCACCAUCACCGGGCGGGAUUUCGCCAUCUGGGCUACCAAAUCAAGGUGGAAAUCCACCAGGAUCAAUGGUGCCUCCAAUUUCUGUAUUGCCACCGGGCUCUUUUCCGCCUCUUCGACCACCAAUUCAAGGUGGACAACCACCAGGAUCACAGAAGCCUCCUAAUUCAGGAAUAUACCCACCAUCACCGGGCGGGAUUUCGCCAUCUGGGUCACCAACUCAAAGUGGAAAUCCAGCAGGAUCACAGGUGCCUCCUGGUUCUGUAUUGCCACCGGGAUCUAUUCCGGCUCCUGGAUCACCGAAUCAAAUUGGCCGUCCAACAGGAUCACAGAUGCCUGCUAGUUCCAAUCUUCGUCCUCCACAACCUUCUGAGCCACAAAAACCUAUCAAUGUGCCCAACCAGCCAGUUAAAAAUCCACCUGGAGGAGGCAACUUUAAUGUAAAUGACAUACGCAUCGACCGGGCCAAUUAAAAAUUGUGCAACAAAAUUGAAAAAAUUACCUUUUACUUUUUCAAUUGAUGAACUAAUAAACAAGCGAUGCUCGUAAAAAUGAA